UGUGUGGGGCUACCACCUGCCCCUGUGUGUCAGCUCCCCCUCAUUCCUCUAUGGAUAGGAGGUUUUUGGAACAUAGAUCCUCCCGUAUUUACUAUUUCCCCCUAAUGUGUUGCAGCCCCCCUCCCCAUCCCAGGCUGACCCCGAUGCGAGGGCGAGAAACCUACAGGCAGAUCGGCCCCAUCCGGCCCCCGUUUCUCUUGCUAGAGUAACCAUGGCGAUGCGAGGAUUAGUGGAAACAGAAUGUGGCGGCACCAACCCACUCAUGAAACUGACCGGUCACUUCACCCAGGACAGGGGCCUGCGCGAGGAGGGCCUACAGCCUGGGACGUGGCCUCAAGGAGCCAUCGCCGUCUCAAAACCUCUCGGUGAAGCCACAGAAGACGAGCUUGUGUCCGAGUUCCUGCAGUCUCGCGCUCCCUCUCUUCAUGCGCGUGCUCCUCACACCUUUAAGAUGGACGGCCUUUUGGCAGAGAUGCAACAGAUCGAGCAAAGCAGCUUCCGACCGGAGCCUCUACGAGCCCCCAACGUGGCCGAUCUUGCGCUCUUGGAGAAUUGGACCGAGGAGUUUGCUGGCCCUGAAGCUGUUGAUCCCGUAGAAGAAGAGGAUUGGAGUCGAGAGUUCACCGAACAGACAGACCCCCUCUCUUCCCCGUCCCGUUGGGCCGAAGAAUACCUCCAGCAGUCGGAAGAAAAACUCUGGUUGGGGGAGAACGAGGGCACGAUGGCCGAGAAAUGGUCUCAAGAGUAUCAGCCUGAAGACGAUCUACAGAGAGAAGCCAAAUCCCUCCUGUCUCAAGUAACUGACCCCAAACUGGCCAACAGUCAGUUUCUCCAGUUUGUGAGGAAGAUAGGGGACGGAGAACUCACUCUCACGCACACUCCGAGCGCCCUCUCCCAGGCGGCCCCUCAGGCAGAGCAGUGGUCUGAGCAGUUUAUACAGGAACAGGCGCUCGCGGAGCAGUGGGUCGACCAGUUUGCCCCCAUGGAGAAAGAAUUUGAAACGGCCAAGGCCGCUGUAGAGGCUGAUGUGGAUUUUUGGGACAAGCUGCAGGAAGAGUGGGAGGAAAUGUCGAAACGAGAUGCAGAAGCCCACCCGUGGCUGUCAGACUUCCAGGACCUGUCUGCUAAAUCUUAUGACAAGGGGUACGUUUUUGAAGCCGACAACCCGUUUUCCGAGGAGCAGCAACCGUUUGAAGAAGGUUUGAAGCGCCUGAGGGAAGGAGACCUGCCCAGCGCGGUCCGAAUGUUUGAAGUGGCCGUACAGAGGAACCCCCAGCACAUGGAGGCUUGGCAGUAUCUGGGCACGACGCAGGCAGAGAACGAGCAAGAACUGGCAGCCAUCAGCGCUUUGCGCAGGUGCCUGGAGCUGAAGCCGGAUAAUAGCAACGCGCUGAUGGCGCUGGCCGUGAGUUUCACCAACGAGUGUCUCCAGCAGCAGGCGUGCGAGACGCUACGUGAAUGGCUGCGAUAUAACCCAAAGUACAGCCACCUGGUGACCGACGAGAUCGCCAGCGGAAACGCUCCGAGGACGCGCACGUUUGGGACUCUGCUGUCCGACUCUUUGUUUUCGGAAGUGAGGGAACUCUUUCUGUCAGCCGUGCGCUUGGACCCAUCGAACGUGGAUCCUGAUGUGCAGUGUGGACUCGGUGUGCUGUUCAACCUGAGUGGGGAGUAUCAGAAAGCUGUGGACUGCUUCACCGCCGCUCUGAGCCAGAGACCCGACGAUUACUUGCUGUGGAAUAAACUGGGUGCCACGCUGGCCAACGGUAAUGACAGCGAGGCUGCCGUGGAGGCUUAUCGGCGGGCGCUGCAGCUACAGCCCGGAUUCAUCCGCUCCCGAUACAACCUGGGGAUCGCCUGCAUUAACCUGGGGGCGCACAGGGAGGCCGUGGAGCACUUUCUGGAGGCCCUCAGCAUGCAGCGGCAAAGCGGCGGCUCGGGAGAUGCCAUGUCCGACAAUAUCUGGAGCACCCUGCGCAUGGCCUUGUCCAUGCUCGGGCAGAGUGACCUGUACGCCGCGGCCGACGCACGCGAUCUCGGCGCCCUCCAGUUGGCUUUUCCUCCCCACCCGACGAGCAGCCAGUGACCACCGACUGACCCGCUGCCCUGCGAGUGCAUGCUAGGGGGUCGCCCGCAGUGCGCCGGUUCCGGAGUGAGCUAAAAAAUCCAGAGGGCCGAAGCUGCAUCGGAAGGAAAUCUCCACCGUACUCCGUGCGGCUCGGUGACUCUUUGCGGAUGUAAUCUCUCCCUUCAUUGGCUGGUACGGAAGGAAAAAGACGCUUUCUGUUUCUAAUUAGAGCUUUAAUUUUAUUUAAUUUUCAUCUCUGCGUGAGAAGCCGUGUAAUAUCCUGCUAGUACGACGCGGUGUCGCUGGAGAGAUCCCUCUUUAGCCUUUUGGUCCAUCGUUCUGAUUGUUUUCCCCUGUGGCUCUGUGAACGGCCUCCGCUUGGACGCUCGGGCAGCGGGUAGAGUUCCAGCUUCGUCUCCAUGUCGUUGACUAUUGGAGGUCUGGAGCCUCGAUUACAAUUUAAACAGGGUCUUCGGGCAUAAUCACCGUCAAUGGGACCCCUGAACUGCGUCCAGGUCCUUACUAGAGGCCACUGAGCUUCGUGGUCUUUGGGUAUCGACGAUGAUCGCUCGCGGUUCCAGCCCCAGAGA